AUGGUCCAAAACAGUGCUAGCGAGAACAAAACCCUGUCGAAUGCCCAAAUUCUGACGUCCGAGUACCCUCCUUCGACGGCGAAAAUGCCCUAUACCGGCAAUUUGUACAGCUGGGUCGUCUCGAACCCGUACGGUGUUUCCGAGGAAGAAGUCGCUUACUACCGCCUUGAUGGAAAAGCGAUCAAUCGCCGCCAUGUACAAGAAAUGGCCGGUGAAAUUGCGUACUUCCUGCGCCAUCGGCUGGGCUUGCAGCGCGGUGACCGCGUAGGCAUUAUUUCGCCCAAUUCGACCCUGUACUGCCCUGUGGUGCUGGGUAUCUUGCGUGCAGGUUUGACAUGUGUGACGCUGAACCCCAUCUACUCCUCAGAGGAGCUGCUGCAUCCUUUGAGCGACUCGGACGUGAAGGCCCUUUUCGUGCACCCUGUGGCUUUGCCGACGGUGCAAAAGGCCUUUUCCACUUUGAAGCUUUCCAAAACCCUUCCGAAUGGACAAAACCGGAUUUGGAUUAUGGACGAUGUGGACUGGAGCAACCCGCAGCCAACAGGCGAGCGUGACUUCCGUCCUGUACUGGAGGCGAAGGAGCUGCCUGUCGAGACUGUGUCGCCGACGGAAGACCUGGCUUUCAUUGUGUACUCUAGUGGCACUAGUGGCAAGCCCAAAGGUGUGAUGCUGACGCAUGACAACCUCAUUGCUGGUACAGAUACAUUCAUGUUGGUCAAUGAAGGCGAGUUUGGGCCGGGUCACACGGCCGUCGGCGUGCUUCCGUUCUUCCACAUUUUCGGCCUAAACUUCUAUACCAUGACAACAUUCCUGAUUGGUGUACAUGUCGUCGUGGUCCCGCGCUUUGAUAUCAAUGUGUUCUGCGCGGUGGUGCAGCGUUUCCGAUGCAGUAUUGCGAUGGUCGUCCCGCCCAUGGUCCUUGCGUUGGCGCGCCACCCUGUGGUGGACAAGUAUGAUAUGAGCACACUGCGUGUGUGCUUGUGUGGCGCAGCGCCGCUCGGUCCGGAGCUGUGUGAUGAAGUACAGAGGCGCCUGCCGAAUGUGUCCAUGGCGCAAGGCUAUGGCUUGAGUGAGACGUCGCCUGUGCUCCUGCGUGCCCCUGCCAAGGUCCAUCGCAAGCACCCUGGUAUGGCCGGUCGCAUUGUGCCGCAUAUCGAGCUGCGCCUUGUCGCGGAGGAUGGCCGCGACGUGGGCUUUGAGCAAGGUCAUAACGGCCAGCCUGGUGAAGUGUGGGCGCGUGGCCGUCCGAUCAUGAAGGGCUACUUGAACAACCCGGAAGCUACGGCGGAUUGCAUGACGCCUGAUGGUUGGUUCAAGACGGGUGAUGUGGCGAUUGUCAAGGAUGGCAACUUCUACAUUGUCGACCGUACCAAGGAGCUGAUCAAGUACAAGGGCUUUCAGGUCUCCCCGGCUGAGCUGGAGGACCACUUGCUGGGCAACCCGAACGUGGCGGAUUGUGCAGUGGUGGGCCUGUACGACAAGGGGCAAGCUACAGAGCUUCCACGUGCGUAUGUCGUGCCGACCGCUAGCAAGUUUAAUCUCAAGUCCAGCUCGCCCAGUGAGAAGGAGGCGUUUGCCAAGAGCAUUGCCGACUGGCUCAACAACCAAGUGGCGAACCACAAGAAGCUGCGUGGUGGUGUAGAAUUGAUUGAUGCCAUUCCCAAGAGUGCGUCCGGUAAGAUUCUUCGCCGAUUCUUGCGUGACCGUGCCAAUGGCAAAUAA